CUUCCUUUUCUUUUACUUCAUUCCACUCUCACUUCCUUUUGUCUCUCUUCUUAAAUAGCUUCCCUCUUCCCCCUCUUUUUCAUACACUGUACUCUCACCUCAAUUCACUCUAGUGCUUGCCAAUCCACUCCUCAUACAAACAUAUCAACCUCUACAUCCUUCAUAUUUUAUAUAUUAAACCUGUUUUAUCAUAUCAUCAUGCCAGAGUCAACAUCCACCACACAAUCUUCUCCUUCUCCUACCGCCAUCUUUACCCCUGCUCAUCUCAAGUUCAUCAAUGCAAAACUUGAGAAGCUCUCUGCAGAAAAGAUCAUCGAAUGGGCUAUGCUCACGCUCCCAGGACUUAUCCAGACCACGGCUUUCGGUCCCACUGGUCUUGUCAUCUUGGACAUGAUCAAUCGUAUCCACAUUGAUCAACAAGCCGCUGCAAAUGCUCAUCCAACCCCUGCCUCUUCAUCCGCUUCUGAAGACGAUGAGGAUCUUGACGAUAGCCAAACUAAGUUCAAGAAAUCCGGCUACAACACUCGUCGCCAUCCUGUUCCCUUGGUCUUCAUUGACACUUUGUAUCAUUUCCAAGAGACCUUGGACUUGGCUCAACGAGUCCAGGAUCAUUACAACAUCCCUUUGAAGGUCUACAAGCCUCAAAAUUGUGAGACCACUGAAGAUUUUGAACGCCUUUAUGGUAAGCAGCUCUGGGAGACGGAUGAGGUUUCUUAUGACUACUUAGUAAAGGUCGAGCCUGGUCGAAGAUCCUACCAAGAGUUGGGUGCUCAAGCCGUCAUCUCUGGCCGUCGUCGUUCUCAAAAGGGUGAUCGUUCUCAUUUGAACAUCCUUGAGGUUGAGGCGGGUACAGGUUUGCUUAAGCUAAAUCCUUUGGCCACCUGGUCCUUUCAGCAGGUUUGGACCUAUCUCCGUGCUCACCAGGUCCCUUUCAAUGUCCUCUUGGAUCAAGGUUACCGCUCGAUCGGUGAUUGGCAUUCAACGAAGCCUGCCUCCAAUCCCGAUGACGAACGCUCGGGCCGCUGGGAGGGCAAGCAAAAGUCCGAGUGUGGUCUCCAUGUUGAUUACUUCAAGAUGAGGGCCGAAUUCCAGGCCACACAGAAGAAGAAGCAGGCUCUUUUGGCUGCUCAACAACAGGCAGUACUUGAAGCCCAACAACAGCAGGUUGUUCAAGUUGCAUGAAAAAAAGAAACGUCCCAGUAUUGGUGUAAAGAAUAAGGAGGGCACAUUCACAUACCAUACACAAAGACACAAUAAUCUUUGGAAAUCACCUCAUUUUCGUGUGAAAUUAUUUAGCUCCACUUUUUCUUAUCCGAUUGCACAUAUUCAUACACAUAACGUGCACAUAUGCAUGCGCGUGUAGCAAACACAAGAGCGUUC